GUUGUUUGCUGUCAGCAGUUGUUCCAAAACUUCCUUAAAUACCCCCAAAACCUCACAUUCCCAAAUACACUCAAAAAUCAAACUAUUCCAAUUUUGAAAAAUCUUGAUAAAUUAAAGUCAAAGCCUUAAUCUUUUCUCAUUUGGGCUUUUGCAAAUUCAAGAAAACCUUCCAUUUGUAAACUUUUUGAUAGUUUACAUUAAAAGUUUUAUUCUUUUUUCAAUUUGGGCUGUUAUAAAUCGAGGAAAGUAUUCCAUUUUUGAAAUUAUUUGAUUAUUUAAAUUCAAGAUUUUUGAUUAUAUUUUCCAAUUAAAUUUUUCUUAAAAUCCAAAAAAGAUGAAAGAAAAUGCAGGGGUUGUCAGAAUGAGGAAAUCCAGGGCAAUUGGCGAUCAAGAUUCACAAAAAAGAUCAAAUCUUUGUGAAAAGAAGACUCAAAAUGUGAAUAAACCAUUAUGUAAAUAUGAAGAAUUACCAGAAUAUAUGAAGGAUAAUGAGUUUAUUUUGAAUUACUAUAGAGCUGAAUGGUCUCCUAAACAAGCAUUUUUCAGCUUAUUUCAUUGGCAUAAUGAAACUCUCAAUGUAUGGACACACUUGAUUGGAUUUGUUGUUUUCGUUGGGUUAACUAUUUCAAACAUGAUGCAUGUCCCUCAAGUCUCAGAUUUUCUUAAUAUAUUAACAUGGUCGUUCCCGUUGAAUCCUGCUGCAAAUGCCUUGAAUAAUUCAAUGAUGCUAUUACAGGAAACGCCAAGACUCAUAGACUUAAAGCACGGAACACCGCUUGAUAUAGACAUUGCUCCACCACUAAUAGCAGCAACACGGUGGCCAUUCUUUGUAUUCUUGAGUGGAGCAAUGUUCUGCCUGUUGUCCAGCAGCACCUGUCAUCUCUUUGGCUGCCACUCCCAUCGAUUAAACCUUCAACUUCUCCAACUGGAUUAUGUCGGCAUCACAGUCAUGAUCAUCACCUCUUUUUUUCCACCAAUCUACUACAUCUUCCAAUGCGAUCCCAUCUGGCAAUUUAUCUACCUAGGGGGGAUCACUGUCAUGGGCAUUUUCACUAUUAUAACCUUAUUAUCCCCAGCACUCUCAAGUGGCAAAUUCCGUUCUUUUCGUGCUUUCCUUUUUGUGUCAAUGGGCCUUUUCGGGUUAAUUCCCUCAAUUCAUGCUUGUAUCUUGAACUGGGAUGAACCACAGAGAAACGCGACAUUGGUGUAUGAAUCAGCUAUGGCGCUCUCCUAUUUGAUUGGUACCCUGUUUUAUGUUACUCGAAUCCCAGAAAGAUGGAAGCCUGGUUGGUUUGAUUUGGCUGGUCAUAGCCAUCAAAUCUUUCAUUGUUUCGUGAUUAUGGGUGCAUUGUCUCAUUAUGCUGCAGCAGUUGUGUUUCUCGAGUCCUGGGGUCAAGCAGCCUGCCAAUGAUCAGUGCAGUGACACCAUCAAAUUAAUGGACAGUCAUUUGAUUGAAUUGCUUAGAACAUGUAUGUUGACCGUGGGGAUCAUCCGGAUACACAUUGUAAAACAUCAGCAGGAGGUCUAUUGUACUAGAUUUGUAUAGUGAUUGUUAUUAUUAUUAUUUUUUCUCUUCAAUAUAUUUUACCAAAAAUCUGUUCAAUGUUUUUGUUAUCACAUUGGGAUGGCAUACUAUGUAAAAGUUGUAGCUGAGUGAAUAGAGAUUAUUUCAUUUAUUUAA